UUGAUGCCGAGGUUGAUUUCUGCGAACGAGGUUUCAAUGAAACGUUGCCUUCCUUUUGUCUUUCAAAAGCAGAAACACCAUAACGUGGACUUGUCAAGACGAAAGGAAACUGAAAAUGUUGCGGUAUGUUUGUCUAAUUGCCUUUGUGGCUCUGGUAUCUGGUGCAGAUUUGGAAGCAAGAGCCAAACUGUUAGCAUCUAAAACAAUCUUAAAUAAUUUCAUUGUCCAGAAUAAAGAUGUUUCGGUUGUUUAUAAGAUUUUCAAUGUCGGUUCAUCAGCAGCUUACAAUGUUGCAUUAAACGACACCUCGUUUCCAAACACAGAAUUUAAGGUAGUCAAGGGCAAGAGUUCAGUUCAAUGGAGUAGUAUUCCACCUAACGGCAAUGUGACACACGUUCUUGUUCUACAGCCAUUCAAAGCAGGUUACUUCAAUUUCACUGCUGCACAGCUUUCAUAUGAUAUCACAGAUGGAGGGGAAAAGCAGGCUGCUUUUACAUCAGCUCCUGGUGAAGGUGGAAUCAUGACAGAGAUUGAUUUCAACAGAAAACACUCUCCCCAUUUGCUUGAAUGGGCCAUAUUUGCUGUCAUGUGCACUCCAUCCAUUCUUAUUCCAUUUUUGCUGUGGUUCAGAAGUAGCUCAAAAUACUGUGAACACAAGGCAAAGAAAGCAUAAGGGACAUCUCUUAGUAUUGUUGCUUUUUAUGCAUAUAUUUUAUAAUUUAAAACAA